AUGACUUUCCAAUCUGCCAAAGCCGAUGAGAAUGGAGACGUCAAAGAACGCAUCGACCAUUGCGAAUCCUCCAAAGGCACCAUGCAAGAUGAUCUGCACCAAGCUCAGCGCGCAGCUGAAGAGGAACGCGGAGCUACGUUCCUCCAGUCGAUCAAACAGCAUCGGGCUGCCGUCGCUUGGUCAGUCCUCCUUUCCACCGCAAUCAUUAUGGAGGGAUACGACAUGAAACUCAUCGGAUCACUCAAUGCCCAGCCUGCCUUUACUAGAAGAUACGGACAUCAGCUUCCAAACGGUGACUAUCAGAUCACUGCUGCAUGGCAAGCUGGGUUGUCCAAUGGUGCAUCAGUUGGAUCCCUUAUUGGCUUAUAUCUGAACGGUCAUAUAUCAGAGCAUCUCGGCUUUAACAAGGCUAUGCUAUUGUCCCUUAUCUUCAUGACAGCAGCUAUCUUCAUUCCCUUCUUCGCCCCAAGCGUUGAAGUUCUUCUGGUUGGACAAAUCUUUCAGGGCAUUCCUUGGGGCGUCUUUCAGACAUUGACGACGGCUUAUGCUGCUGAGGUUUGCCCUGUUCAUCUCCGUGGCUACCUCACAACCUAUGUGAAUCUAUGCUGGGUCAUUGGACAGUUUCUUUCCGCCGGCGUCUUACGCGCAAUGGCCACUCGUACUGACGAGUGGGCAUACCGAAUCCCCUUCGCCAUACAGUGGAUCUGGCCCGUCCCACUCAUCAUCGCUAUCUCUUUCGCGCCCGAGUCCCCUUGGUGGUGCGUUAGAAAGGGACGUAUCGCCGAUGCCAAAACCAACCUCCGCCGUCUUGUCGAUUCUCGAACCACUCCGGCCGAAAGCCUUGAUAAUAUGGUGAAGCUAAUGGAGGUUACAGUGAGCCAGGAGCGAGAGGCUGGCACUGGAAAGCAUUAUCCAGAUUGUUUCCGCGGUGUUAAUCGGCGUCGAACGAUGAUUGCGUGCUGUACGUGGGGAAUCCAGAUUCUAUCUGGCACCGGACUGCGAACAUAUGCAACCUACUUCUAUCACCAAGCAGGGCUUCCAACUACUCAAGCCUUCAACAUGAGUCUGAUCCAGUAUGCACUUGGCAUUAUUGGUGUCUGGAUUUCAUGGCUAAUGCUCCCGUAUUUUGGACGACGAACUAUGUAUAUCUGGGGUCUAGCUGGUCUUGAGAUAUGCCUUCUGGUUAUGGGAGGACUUGGUACAAGACCAACCACUUCUGUCAUGGGCUGGGCUAUUGGAAGCAUGCUUAUUCUGUAUACCCUUGUGUAUGAUAUUACUGUUGGCCCGAUCUGCUAUGCCCUCGUCUCAGAGGUACCUGCGUCCGAGCUUCGAAGUAAGACGGUUGUGCUAGCGCGGAUGACUUACAACAUGCUCAAUAUUGUGAGCAAUGUCAUCACACCUUACAUGCUCAACCCGGGGGCUUGGGCUUGGGGGGCCAAAACGGGCUUCUUCUUUGCUGGAACUUGUUUUCUAUCCCUGAUCUUCACGUUGCACUGUAUUCCGGAGACAAAGGAUCGCACAUAUGCCGAGUUAAACGUUUUGUUUCAGAGACGAACUAAGGCUUGGAAGUUUAUUGACGAGACGGUUAUAUUGAAUGCGGAAGAUUAA